CGCCUGCCUCGCGUUCUGGCUCUGGCCUGCGCAUCGCUGUUUCCACCAUCGCCAGAUUCUGUAUCGCCUGCACUCAUUGCCAUCUGCACAUCUUCCUGUCGCUGCUCCCCAAUCGGGCCGUGCAAUACCGAGGUUGCUCCACUCCACUCGCCGCUGCAGCAGAGCAGCGCGUCUGCGUCUUCUUCCUCCUCAUGGACUCCAAAAUGGCCGGCUCCGCCGAGGAGCAGGAGGCUAUGCAGAACAAGAUCAUCAAUGAAGAGUACAAGAUAUGGAAGAAGAACAGCGUAUUCCUCUACGACAUCAUGUACAGCCGCGCCCUCGACUGGCCCACCCUCACCACCCAAUGGCUGCCCGAUGUGAAGCAAGAGCCAGGAAAGACGUCGCGUCAACACCGAAUGAUCUUGGGCACACACACAUCUGGCGCGCAGGCAGAGUAUCUGCAGAUCGCCCACAUCAAUCUCCCACAACCGCCAGCCAUGUCAAUGGCUGAUUACAACCCUGCGAGCGAAGAGCUGGGAGGACACGGCGCUGCCAAAGAGCCCAUCGUAUUCUCAGUCGUGCAGAAGAUCACACAUCCUGGCGAGGUCAACAAGGCCCGCUACCAACCUCAGAAUCCCAACAUCAUCGCUACCUGGGCACCCGAUCGAAAUCUCUACGUUUGGGACCGCACAAAGCACCCAUCUAUUCCAAAGCCAAACGAAAUCAAGCCCCAAGCGAUUCUCAAGGGCCACACAGGAGAAGGCUUUGCUGUUGAGUGGAGUCCCUUUACCGAGGGCGAGCUCAUCAGUGGUAGCGAGGACAAGACCGUCCGACUAUGGAAUCUUGCUCGCGACUUCUCUCGCGACAACACGACCAUCACACCUGGCCGCACCUUCACCCACCACUCCGCCGUGGUCAACGAUGUGCAGUAUCACCCAAUGCACGGCAAGAAUCUUUGGGGUUCCGUUUCAGAUGACCUCACCAUGUGCUUAAUGGACAACCGAUCAAAAUCUGAUAGCAAGCCCGCCAUCCAGUUCUUGAACGCCCACACCGACGCCAUCAACACAUUAUCCUUCCACCCUAAGCACGACAAACUCUUCGCCACUGGCUCUGCAGAUAAGACGAUUGGUAUUUUCGAUCUACGUUUCCCAGAGCACGGCAAGAUUCACAGCCUAGAGGGCCACAAAGAUGUCAUUACGAAGGUCGAUUGGCACCCUUGGGACUCUGGUAUUCUGGCAUCCAGUUCCGACGAUCGUCGCAUCAUCUUCUGGGAUCUGUCCAAGGGAGGCGCUGAGCAAACGCCAGAUGAUGCCGAGGACGGCCCGCCUGAGAUGCUAUUCAUGCAUGGAGGACACACUAAUAGGAUUUCCGACUUCUCGUGGAACCGCACUGACCCAUGGGUCAUCUGCUCGACCGGUGAAGACAACUUGAUUCAAUGCUGGAGAGCUAGCCGCCAUCUGGUCGAAGUCCUGCCCGCUGCCGUGCCGCCUCCAGAAGUCGAGGAAUAGUGGUACUUCGAUGAAACAGACGACACCUGGGUGACAUUCCGAUGGAAUAAAGGCGACCCUCUGCCGCCACGUUUUUGGCGCGUCGACGAUGAGUCUGACGAUGACGAGCAAAGUGAUGGGACUUUCUCUGCGUACAGCGAGGACAAUGCGCAUACUCGACGGGAACGUGAGAGAGUAACGAGUUCAACAAGGUUGUGGUACAAUGCACCACGCUGGCGACCGGGCGAUUCUUCCGACGAAUCAUAGACGUAUGGAACGGAUCCGGCGAGGGCUGGCUGAGAAAUCUGAAUACUCGAAAGCAUGGUUGGUAUGAGAUUCUGGCCAUUCUCCCUUGCCUUUGUGGCACAGCAGCAGAGAAAGCGUCAAAUUUGCGGUGAUGAUCAACAUCCAAAAAUUAGCUUGCAAUCAGAACGUUGACAGCGAUUCACAGUAUCUGUCAUGAUGCGAAAUGUCUAGCCAUGACGUUGUUUGCUUGUGUCCCUACCG